AUGCCUGUUAUCGGGCUGCCCACCGCCCCAGAUCGAAUUAACAUAAAGAGAAAAGGUGCGUGGCCUUCUGCCUACCUCUCUGUUCAGAACGUGAUUGACUGCGCUGACGCAGGAUCCUGCGAAGGUGGAGACCACUCGGGUGUCUGGAAGUAUGCCCACGACCACGGCAUUCCAGAUGAGACCUGCAACAACUACCAAGCUAAGGAUCAAAAGUGUAAGAAGUUUAACCAGUGCGGAACUUGUGUCACUUUUGGAGAAUGCCAUGUCAUUAAGAACUACACCCUCUGGAAAGUUGCUGACUAUGGGUCUGUCAGCGGAAGAGAAAAAAUGAUGGCCGAAAUCUAUACUAAUGGACCAAUUAGCUGUGGCAUAAUGGCUACUGAGAAGUUGGAUGCUUACACUGGAGGACUCUACACAGAGUACAACCCCUCUCCUGUGGUGAAUCACAUCGUUUCCGUGGCUGGCUGGGGCGUAGAAAACGGAACAGAAUACUGGAUUGUUCGUAACUCGUGGGGUGAACCCUGGGGUGAAAGAGGGUGGCUGAGAAUUGUGACAAGUGCAUAUAAAGGUGGAAGAGGAGCGGAUUACAAUCUUGCUAUUGAAGAAGACUGUGCAUACGGGGAUGUUGUACUUCCUUGAUUCUAUAUUGCACAUCUCUCUGUUUAGGAACUACUUGGUUUGGAAGCUUCCCAGCACAACCUUUUUCUGAGUAAGGAGUAGUAGUCUAAAACUCUUUCACAGUUCAACACCAUCAGGCGGUUCUGCAAAAUGAGCCCAGAUACACAAUAUCUUCAAAGUAAAAUAAAU